GAGCGGAAUCCGGAGAAUCCCAAUCACAGACGGACUCUUGUCUCUUGAGGACUUCCAUAUCUAUCUUGAGGGCACUUUUAAUGGCGGGGGACGUACCCUCCCCACCAUUAUUUGACUCCCUACUCCAUCAAGAUCUGACCCGUCCACUCUCGUCUUCCGCCAUGGAUUCGCCGGCGAAGAGAUCGUAUUGGCGGUUCAGCAAGACUGAUUUUUUCCCCGAGCCCACGUUCGAGAACUUGUCCACCUACUUUUCCGGCGUCGCCCAGACUCCGAGACGGCUCAAAGAUCGGUUCUUGGGCAGGUCCGAUGAUGCCACGGAGAUGGUGGAGCUCCGGAAGGAGUCGGAGAACGAGAUGCGGAAGUGCCUGAAUUGGUGGGACCUCAUGUGGCUCGGGUUCGGGUCCGUCGUCGGGUCGGGCAUAUUCACAAUCACGGGCCUUGAAGCCCGCAACGACGCCGGCCCGUCCAUCGUCCUGGCCUACGCGAUCUCCGGCCUCUCCGCUCUGCUCUCCGUCUUCUGCUACACCGAGUUCUCCGUCGAGAUCCCGAUCGCCGGCGGGUCUUUCUCCUUCCUCCGCAUCGAACUCGGCGAUUUCGUGGCGUUCCUUGCCGCAGGUAACCUUCUAUUGGAAGCCGUGGUCGGCGCCGCGGGCUUAGGUCGCUCGUGGUCUUCCUAUUUUUCCAGCCUCAUAAAAAACGAAUCUGAUUUUUUCCGCAUAAAGAUUGAUUCUUUCGCAGAAGGGUUCAAUUUGUUGGACCCUAUAGCUGUGGUGAUUCUAAUUCUUGCAAAUGGAAUAGCCAUGACCGGAACCCGCCGCACUUCAAUCUUGAAUUGGCUAAGCUCCAUAGUGACUGCUGGGAUUAUAGUUUUCAUCAUAAUUGCUGGUUUUCUAUAUGGGAAAACAGAAAACUUGGCACCCUUUGCUCCUUAUGGGGCUGGGGGUGUGUUUAGGGCAGCAGCUGUUGUGUAUUGGUCUUAUACUGGUUUUGACAUGGUUGCCACAAUGGCAGAGGAGACUAAGAAGCCCUCUAGGGACAUACCAUUAGGGUUGAUUGGUUCCAUGUCUUUUAUCACUGUCCUCUAUUGCCUGAUGUCAUCUGCUCUUACUAUGAUGGUGAAGUACACAAGUAUUGAUGCGGAUGCCCCUUAUUCGGUCGCUUUUAACGGGAUAGGGAUGAAAUGGGCCAAGUAUCUUGUGAGUAUUUGUGCUCUUAAGGGAAUGACUACGAGUUUGCUCGUGGGAUCCAUGGGUCAAGCCCGGUACACUACCCAGAUUGCAAGAACACACAUGGUCCCCCCGUGGUUUUCUCUGGUUCAUCCGAAGACAGGAACACCGAUCUAUGCUACAUUACUCACCACCAUAACCAGCUGCAUCAUCUCCUUCUUCACAAGCUUGGAUGUCCUGUCUAGUGUUUUCUCCUUCUGCACACUUUCAAUCUUCAUGCUAAUGGCAGUGGCAUUGCUGGUAAGGCGAUACUACGUGAAGGACCAAACACCAAAAGGCGACUAUAUCAAAUUCUUGGUCUGCCUGUUUGUCAUCAUAGGCUCAUCAAUCGGAGUGACUGUCCUAUGGAACAGGAACAUUGGGGGAUGGAUUGGAUACGCGAUUUCGGGCGGUUUCUGGGUUUUAGGGACAUUAGGAAUGGCAUUGCUUCCCAAGAGUAGGGUUCCAAAAGUCUGGGGAGUUCCUCUUGUGCCCUUCCUACCAUCGGUGUCGAUCGGGAUGAACUUUUUCCUCAUUGGGUCGCUCGGGCCAGCUGCCUUUUGGAGGUUCAUCAUAUGCAGUGGAGUGAUGCUGGUUUACUAUCUCCUCGUCGGUGUGCAUACGACAUAUGAUAUGGCUCACCAGACUCAUCAGGAUUCGAGGAUGGAAGAUGGGAAAGGAGCUUCUGAUCAACUGUCAUAGUUUUUAUUAGGUGAGACAUAUCUAUAUCUUUGAUCUUUUUUUGAAUGAUUUAUUUAUUUUUAUAUGGAGAUGAGAUCAAUAAUGCCAAGAAUCUGGCAUCUUCAUUUGUGUACAUUUCCCCUAGAUGUUCAAAGCUAUCUGGUGCAAUGGCAUCAGAAGACUGGAUUAGGAUUUGGUUUUUGUUUCAGUUUAUAGGAUGGUUUCUUUAUUCUGGUGCAAAUGUCACAGCUUUCCAUUUAUACAUUGUUUUUGUUGAUUCCAUUAAUGGAGCAAAUUUAAAUACCACCCAAGAUGUAGGAAUCUGAGAUUAAUAAACUUGGCUUUUGCUGAUGAUUUGAUAGUAGCUUGUAAAGCUGAUAAGGAUUCAAUCAAGGUAAUCCUGGAGUGUCUUCAACAUUUUAAGGCUGUAACUGGACUUGAGGUUAACUAUUCCAAGUCUCAGAUUAUCCUAGGAGGAGUGAAUGAUCUGGAUUAUGAGGUGAUUAUGGAUAUGACUAGUAUGGCUAAAGGUGUACUUCCGUUUAGGUACCUAGGAGGCCCUAUUACUGAUGGCAGGAUAAGCGAUAGGGAAUGUGAAGCAUUAGUAGCCAAAAUAACAACUAAGAUAUCUG